CCGUGUGACGCAGGCGGGCUCCGUCCACACACACACUCUCCGGUAGCACAACAAUACAAGCUUUCGCCGCUCCCCCUCUUUACGCCUCGCUCUCGGUAUGGCGGACGGCGAGCGGUCCCCGUUGCUCUCGGAUCUCGGUGAUGGAGCUCUCGGCAGUGGGAACGGCGGGGUGUCUCCCGGAGCAGCUCCACAUGGUGCUCCGAACAAACCGCAGAGUUUUCCUCCGUUUCCGAGCUCGACUCAGCCACCCAUGUUGUUGGGCGAGAACCCUCCACCGUAUUCCCCCUUGACGUCUCCAGAAAGUGGCAGUGCCCCAGUCAUCAGCUGUAGGGUGUGCCAGUCGCUCAUCAGCGUUGAGGGCAAAAUCCACCAACAUGUGGUCAAGUGUGGAGUCUGCAAUGAAGCUACUCCCAUAAAGAAUGCCCCUGCAGGGAAGAAAUAUGUGCGGUGUCCUUGUAACUGUCUUCUCAUCUGCAAGGUCACAUCCCAAAGGAUCGCCUGCCCUCGGCCUUAUUGUAAGAGGAUCAUAAAUUUGGGGCCAGUCCAUCCAGGCCCAGCCAGUCCAGAACCACAACCUGCUGGAGCUAGAGUUUCCUGCGGACACUGCAGCAACACUUUCCUGUGGACCGAGUUUACUGACAGGACACUGGCUCGAUGCCCCCAUUGCAGAAAAGUAUCUUCGAUUGGCCAGCGAUAUCCGAGGAGGCGGAGUCUGUGGUGUUACCUGCUGUGCUUGCUAUUUAGCAUCUCAGCUGCUGGUCUGAUUGCAGGGACGUGGUCCCAGGCGCGUGUAUAUGGGGGUAUUUAUGCGUCCUGGGCAGCGGCGUUGUUGCUGGUGGUGUUGACGCUGGCCAGAGCACUUUACUGGAGCUGCAUGAGGGUCAGCCAACCUCUCCACAACCUCACAUAGAGAGAGAGAAAGACAGCAAGAGAGGAGGCUGCGAUUUAAGGGUGGUGGGAAAAAAUAAAGUCCACAGGAAAAGAGCUAGAGAGAAUCAUGGUUAACUCUAAAAGCUUGAAUGUGAUGGCUGUAAUGAAGGGUCAAAGUAAAAUCCAGGCUUGAGAAACACAUAUGCUAUGGCAAAGAAGAUUAGUGUUUUAAAGUAAUUUUUAUUCGGAAGCUUUCUCUGGAUGUGUUUUCAUCCGUGAAUAUGAACGGACUUGUUAUGAUUCCAAAUGCUCCUUCAGUUUUAACCCAUUACACUCACGUAAAGAAUAUGUUACACACUCUGAAACACACACACAAUUCUCUAUGUACAUCUUAAAUUAACUACGCUACAAUACACAAACUACACCAAUUCAAACAAUUAUCUGUCUCUAGUGUCCAAAUAAGCUCUGAAGCCUUAUAAAGAGAGGAAGUACAGGUUCAUCUCCACUAGAUGGUGUUCCAAAACCACAUAAACACUGGUGUUUUGUCACAUUGCCUAAAUCUCUGUUCAAAUACAAUCAUUUGGGUGACACGAUUAACAAAUGCGCAGAACAUUUCUGUAACUGAUUUUUCAUUUACACUUAAAGUGUAAAUGCGUUCAAACACAUCUCUUUAUCUUUAGUUGUGAAUGUUAAAAACAGUAUUUUUUAUAAUUGUGAAUUUUGUUUGUAAAUAUUUGUUGUUUAUUUCAUGAAUGAGCAGUUGCACUGUAGCUCUAACACGCUGUGAUUCCUUUAUGUUUUUAUUUAAUUUGCAAAAUCACUACUGAGGGAAAAAAAAUCACUGGAACAAAUAAUGAGAUAACCGAUGUACAGCCACACACACCUUUGGGAAGCAGAAAAAAAAAAUCAUAUCUUCUGUUGAAGGUCAGCUGUGCUUCAUGGAGUUUGCUAUCAAAAGGGUCAUUCACCUUUCUUCUCAUGUUCAUGUGAAGUUAAUCGUCAUGUUCAGGUACUGUAAGUUUGAUUAUGUUUGAACCAUGAUUAAAUGAUACUAAUGAGAUUAAUCAGCCACUAGAUUUGGAUUCUAGACCGCCAGAUCUUUUUUUCCCUCUUUGUCAUAAUUCAGAGUCUGGGUAAGAACACAAUUGAGAUGUUCAGAGCAUUGAAUUCUUGUUGCUGGUCACCAAUGUUCUUGCAUUAUAUUCCUUAUAAAUAUACUAAAGUACAUCAAAAUAUGGUCCUCACUGCAGAUGUGGAAUUCAGAUUCUGUAUUCUGUCCAUGAGAGAAAAAUGUGAGGUCUGUACAUCUGGAAUCCCAAACAAGAGGUCAGGAUGUUAUUUAUAAAGAGCAGAAGGCCAAUGAUGGAGGUCUCCUCUGAAUUUGUUUACACAUGAGAUUAAGAUUACACAUGAUUAAAAAGAUGAUGAAGGUAUAAAACGGUGAAUA